AUGGCUCCAGGCAUGAGUGAUAUCGAUUAUGCUAUCACCCAAGAUGAGCCGACCAGGCCAGUUGCAAAUUCUCCUGCUGAAGUUAAAAGGGUGCAUGAAGCUUGGAGGAUGGCGAACAAGGUUUGUUUGCUGGUUAUGAAGAAGACCAUGACAAAAGCUCUUUUUGGUGGAGUUCCGGAAACUGAUAGUGCUAAGGAGUUUAUGGAAUUCAUCGAAAGGAAAUUUAAGGAAUUUGGUAAGGCUGAAAUGAAGAAUCUCAUGUCUAGGCUGGCCAAUAUGAAGUUCGAAGGAGGUAGCGUAAGGGAACACCUCAUGGGACUCAUGGACAUUGCUGCCAAGUUGAGCAAGCUGAAGGUACCGAUUGCCCCGAACUAUCUAGUGCAUAUUGCGUUGGAAUCCCUGCCUUAUGAUCAGAUGAAAUCUACCUACAACACCCUGAAGGAAGAUUGGACAAUGGAUGAUCUGAUUACAAUUGUUGUUCUUGAGGAGAAUAGGACGAGAGCUCGUGGUGGUGUGGUUAACAUGGUUACUGACAAGAAGCAUGAGAAUAAGGGUGCUGCAAAAUGGGGAAAGGAAGGUCACAUGAAGAAGAACUGCAACAACUACAAGAAGUGGUUUGAGAAGAACAAGAACAAAGGUAAGGAAGAAUUAGCCUUAGUGAGUUUUGAGUCUAAUUUAGUGGAUGUUCCUUCUAAUUCUUGGUGGUUAGAUACGAGUACCUCGAUUCAUAUAGCUCACAAUGUGCAGGAAUUCACAAGAAGGAGGGAACCAAGAAAGCAUGAAGUUAAAGUGUUCGUGGGGAAUGGAGAGCAAGUAGAUGUGGAAGCCAUUGGAGUAGUGCAGCUUGAAUUUGAUUCUGGUUUUAUUUUGGAGUUGGAUGAUGUAGUUUUAGUACCCUCAAUGCAGAGUUUUUGGAAGUAA